AUGGACUUUAAUAACCCCCAUGAAGGUAACGAAAAUAGCCGUAACGAUUUACGUUUGAAAGAAAAUGGCCAUCUUCAACCAGUCUUACCAGAUGCCUCUGGUGAAGGUUUUCCUUUUGCGCCCGAGAACUUUCCUAAUCCAGGAGACAAGUGGAGGUGGAGGGUGGGGAAGAGAGUGGCAGCUACAGGCCACUACCUUGAUCAGUACCUUUAUGCUCCCAAGAGUUUGAAAGUUGUUCUUCAAAACAAAUUGCGUACAAGGCAUGAGUUUGCAAGCAAGCUUUCGCUCGAACACUUCAUCAAGACCGAAUUUCCUUAUGCCAAUGUUGAUGAUUUCUUCGCAUCAUUCAUCUGGAAGAUCCCCUCAAAGAAGCUUCCAUUAGCAAAAUGUAUUCCUGAUCAACAUACUUUCUUCACUGUACCUCACCAAGAGAGCCUUGAGCCUUCCUCUUCAGAUCCUGGCCCUGCAGGCUGUAAAGCCCAUAACGGGACAUGCAUCAGCUUGAUCCCUAAAUCAGGCCAAUCCACUUUACCAUCAAUGCCCUGUGAUAUAUGCUGUUCUGAACCGGGUUUUUGUCGAGACUGCUGUUGCAUACUCUGUUCCAAGACUGUAGAUUCCUCGCAUGGAGGUUAUAGUUUCAUCAGGUGUGAGGCCUUGACUGGUGAAGAGAAUUCCAUUUGUGGCCACAUAGCCCACAUCAACUGUGGGCUCCACACUUACAUGGCAGGAACUGUGGGUGGAAGCAUUGGAUUGGAUGCGGAGUACUAUUGUCGCCGCUGUGAUUCGAGAACAGAACUGGUGUCCCAUGUUACAAAGUUAUUGGAGACAUGUAAGUCCAUUUAUUCUCGGGAUGAGUUAGAGAAGGUCUUGAACUUGGGACUCUCCAUCCUAUGUGGUUCACAGCAGACAAGUGCAAAGUUGCUUAUGAGCAGCAUUUAUUCUGCUCUCUCAAAGCUCAAGCGCGGGAAUUCUCUUGAACAAAUCUGGGGAGGAGAUGACACCUCAGUUGUUCCCAUCUCCUGCAAUGGUAGUAAUCCUACCCUGCCAAUAAAAAAUGGCAGUCCUUGUCAGGAAGAUUCAGAAAACAAUAAUUUAGCAGGUGCCACCAAACAGAUAAGAGAGCCAUCAAAUGACUCCAACUCUUUGAGCAGUCAGAUCCAUUACCAGAAGCUCGAUAGUGAGAUAACUAGGGUACUCCAGGCAAUGAAACAAGCACAGGAGUCUGAGUACAAAAUGGCAGAGGAACGAUUGCAUGCUCAGAGUCUUGGACUAGAUCAAGUUUUUGGUGAUCAAUGGCCUGGUAAGCUGGAGGUAUGGCUUGCAGUUUGUCGCGUGAUUGGGCGCAUGCUGGAUGACUUGUAUCGCGCGCUUGGCGGGGAUGGUCUGAUCAUUGUGUUCAUUGGAGAUGCUGUUGCUUGUAAAUGUUGCCAUAGUGAAACAGUGUUGUGGGUUGGACUAACUCUCAGGACCAAGAUGCAUCUUGUCUCGGUGGAUAAUGAGGAUCGCACGUGGCUCUCCCGCAGAGAUUAG